UCAACUUUUCUGAGUAACACUAGAAAUUCAUUUAUUUCAAAAAAUACUUUCAACAUUACACGUUGUUAAAAUAGUUUAAAACAACAAAAAGAUGGGCAAACUCGUUUGGAUCUUAUUAAUGGUAUUCUGUCUGGUGUUGGCCAUUGAUGCUAAAAAGAAAGCUAACAAACCUCAGGAUGGUGAUGAUGGUGAAGAACAAGACCAGCCAGAUGAGAAAAUUGCAAAACAAGACGAUGAAGAAGCCAAACCAGAGGAUGAACAAGACGAACAAGAAGACGGAACAGCAAAAGAUAUAACUGGUCAGGAAGAACAGGAAGAAGAAGCAAGUGGCGAAGAAGGAGAAGAAAGCAAAGAAUUCCAAUGCAACUUGAAAUUCAAAAGAGUUGGUUGCUAUGCUGACAAAGGCAAGAAAAACAGACCAUUGAAAUCUUUCAUCAUGUCCGAUAUGGACAUGGGCUUGCUUACUAAGAAAGGAGACAUGCCAAAGGACGACAAAUUCAACUCCGAAUUGCCAAAGUUCGCAUGCAAGUGUGCAAAUGAAGCUCUCAACUCAGGAAAUGCAGUCUUUGGAAUUCAAAAUAUUGCUGAAUGUUGGUCCGGACCUGACAACAGCAAAUACGACAAAGACGGGCAAUCCGGCGACUGCGUUACAUUCGACUAUCAAAAUUGUGCUUCCGAUGAUGAAAUUUGCGCUGGAAAGAAACACAGCAACUUUGUUUACUACGUCGACACACCUGAGCAUACCAAAUCAGCUGAAGAAGUCCAAAAAGAGCUUGCUGCCGCCAAAAAGAAGGCAGCACACAAAAAGAAGCAAGCUAUGAAGAAAAAGGCUGCAAAGAAAUUGAAGAAGAAGUCAAAGAAAUCGAAACAAUAAAUGAUCCUCAUUAAACGAAAUAGUCGUCCUUAGAGAAAAGCAUUUCGGCGAAGAAAUUCCAUCCAAUCUUUAACCUGGUUAUGACAUAACUAGCAAAAAUAAAAAUUAUUUUUCUUGUAAAGAUAUCAAAUGUAGUUAUAUGGCGUGUUUUAAACGCGAAAUAGAAAAGUGAAAAAUUCA